AUGCCUCGCCAACAAAUUAACUUAGAACCCUACCGGGAUGAUAUCAUUACUCUUUACCGUCAUGGCAUCAGUAGCGACUCUAUUAGCCGUACCCUCGAAAGCUGUCAUAAUAUCCAUGUCAAGGAGCGAACCAUCCAGUCCCGCCUUCGCAAGUGGGGCAUCCGCAAACGACACCGGACAACGACAGGCGACGAGGCUUUGCAUGCGCGCAUUAGGAUGCUCUUCAUACAGGAUAAGCUGACCGAUAAGGCUAUGCUCAACAUGUUGCAGAGAGAAGGUUACGGUAUUUCUGAACGCACUUUGCGCCGUCUGCGGUUUAAGUUAGGACUCCAUGCCAGAGCUUUGGCGCAGCAACAGCACCUGGAACAGGAUCAACGUCAAAUGCAAAAGCAGACUAUUCUUCCACAGCCUCGACCAGAGGGACAACCGGUGUGA